GCGAUCUGUAGACGCGUGACUCACUCCUUGUGGCCACCCGACUGUUGCCGGCCCCGCUUCUGGUGCCAUUUAAGAUUGACUAUCGGCUUUAAGUUAUGCAGACAUAAUCAGCUCCAGCCAAUCGGAGCGCGUCUUUCAGCCUUGUGUGACACCGGGAGAUGCAUUAUGCCUCCCUAGCCUGACAGGACAACACCGUCAGAUAUCGCGCUUUGGCGCAGUGGACACGACAUUUGGGCUCAUUGGAAAAGUUGAGGGCACGGACACUAGCUGGACGUAGAUCGAGGAUUUGAGCAGGCAGAGAUUUGUUGACCGUCUCAAGGAGCACUUGUUACGUCUGACGGAAUCGCCAGAGCCGAACAUGAUGGCUGAGCAGCCUCAGUCGCCGCCUAAACAUCACAAGACUGAUGGUAACGCAGGUUUUUUGAGGGCAGCUCGUGAUGGGAACUUGGAGGAAGUUUUGGACUACUUGAAGGGGAGCACGGACAUCAACACAAGCAACCCAAAUGGCUUGAAUGCUCUACACCUGGCCUCCAAGGAAGGCCACAUCAACAUUGUCACAGAGCUCCUAAACCGUGGCGCCAACGUAGAGGCCGCCACCAAGAAAGGUAACACAGCACUGCACAUCGCCUCGCUGGCUGGACAUGAGCAGAUUGUCAAACAGCUGGUGGACAGUGGGGCCCAGGUCAACCUCCAGGCUCAGGCUGGGUUCACACCUCUGUACAUGGCGUCACAGGAAGGUCACUCAGAUGUGGUCAAGUUUCUCUUGUCUGUGGGGGCCAACCAAGGGCUCUCUACUGAGGAUGGCUUCACACCACUGGCUGUAGCCCUACAACAAGGCCACGACAAGGUGGUGUCUGUCCUGCUGGAGCAUGAUGCCAAAGGAAAAGUCCGCCUGCCUGCCUUACACAUCGCUGCCAAGAAGGAUGACGUCAAGUCUGCCGCCCUACUCCUACAGAAUGAACAAAACAGUGUUGAGCUACAAACCAAGGGAGGAUUAGUCAAUGACACGACAAAGAGUGGCUUCACACCACUACACAUUGCAGCCCACUACGGCAACACUAACGUAGCCAACCUACUGAUACAGAGAAAUGCUGACGUCAAUUUUAGAGCCAAGAACAACAUUACACCACUGCACGUUGCCUCCCGCUGGGGUAAGAUCAACAUGGUCAACCUGCUGAUAGACAACAACGCCACCAUUGAUGAGAAGACACGGGAUGGUCUGACACCACUCCACUGUGCAUCAAGGAGUGGCCAUGAGAGUGUUGUGGACACACUACUGGAGAGAGGAGCCCCUCAUUCUGCUAAAACUAAGAACGGCCUGACACCCCUGCACAUGGCAGCACAGGGGGACCACGAGGACUGCGCUCGUCUGCUGCUGUACCACAAGGCUUCACUUAACGAGGUCACCGUGGACUACCUGACCCCUCUCCAUGUGGCUGCCCACUGCGGCAAUGUCAAAACUGCCAAGUUGCUGCUGGACAGGAAGUGUGAACCCAAUGCCAGAGCUUUGAAUGGCUUUACCCCCCUGCAUAUUGCCUGCAAGAAGAACCGCAUCAAAGUUGUGGAGCUGCUGUUGAAGUAUGGCGCCUCCAUAGAGAGCAAGACUGAGUCUGGCCUAACCCCACUGCACGUGGCCUCCUUCAUGGGUCACAUGAACAUCGUCAUCUACCUGAUCCAACACAACGCCAACCCCAACACAGCCACAGUACGCGGUGAGACAUCCCUCCACCUGGCUGCACGCGCCAACCAGUCCGACAUCAUCAGGAUCUUGUUGAGGAACUCUGCCACAGUGGAUGCCAGGGCUAGGGAGCAACAAACUCCCCUGCACAUUGCUGCCAGACUGGGCAAUGUGGACAAUGUCCUGCUGCUCCUCCAGCACGGAGCCUCUGUUGAUGCCACCACCAAGGACAAGUACACUCCCCUGCACAUUGCUGCUAAAGAGGGACACGACGAGGUGGCCCAGGUGUUGCUGGAACAUGAAGCCCAACAUGACAUCACCACCAAGAAAGGCUUCACACCACUUCACAUCGCGGCCAAGUACGGGAACAUCAAGGUGGCCCGCCUGCUGCUACAGAAGGAGGCCAACCCAGACAUCAGUGGCAAGAAUGGCCUGACCCCUCUACAUGUGGCCACUCACUACAACCAUGCUAAUGUGGCCCAGCUGCUGCUUGAGAACAAGGCCAACCCUCAUGCUACUGCCAAGAAUGGCUACACCCCCCUGCACAUCGCGGCCAAGAAAAACCAGAUGGACAUUGCCACCAUGCUGCUGGAGUAUGGCGCCAAGCCUGACGCUGAGUCUAAGAAUGGCUUCACUCCUCUGCAUCUUGCUGCACAAGAGGGUCACACUGACAUUGUUUCCUUACUGCUGGAGAAACAGGCUAAUGUCAACUCUACAGCUCAUAAUGGACUGACCCCCAUGCAUCUGGCUGCCCAAGAGGAUCGUGUCCAGGUGGCAGAGAUUCUGUGUAAACACGGCUCCGAGACAGACACCAGCACUAAGGCUGGGUACACACCGCUACACACAGCGUGUCACUUUGGCCAGGUCAACAUGGUGCGUUUUCUGCUGGACCACGAGGCGUCUGUCAACUCUACUACCAAGGUGGGUUACACUCCCCUUCACCAAGCUGCCCAACAGGGCCAUGUCCAGGUGGUCAGCACUCUACUCAAGAACCAGGCGUCACCCAAUGCUGUCACUAAUAAUGGUCAGACCCCACUGGCCAUUGCCCAGAGGUUAGGCUACAUCUCAGUUGUUGAGAUCCUAAAGCCAGUGACCGAGGUCCAGGGCAUCAUGCCUGCCACGGAGGAUAAGUACAAGGUUGUCUCCCCUGAGACCAUGCAGGAGACCUUCAUAUCAGACUCUGAGGACGAAGGAGGAAGCAGCUUUGUCGGUUCAUAUCGCAGUCUGCAGUACGGAAGUCUGACAAUAAGUACAUUUGGAGAUGAGAAGCGCAAUAGUUACCUCAGUACAACCAGUAACAUGAGUAUUGGCAAUCUUAGCUUUGUUGACUCGUAUGAUGAAGAGUUCCGAGGGGAAGACAGCAUCUCACUGGAGCGUGGAGGGAGUGCCUCUCCCCUGGACACAUCUUUUGACAAGGACGUCCAAUAUCGCCACCGAGCUGUUGACCACAAGAGCCGACAGGUGAGCCAAAUUGGGGCCACCAUGCAUUACCCAUCGUACCUGGAGACCAACCCUGACUAUGAGGAGGAAAUGAGAUAUUAUCAUGGAGAUACCUUGUCUCCUAAAGAUAAGAAUACAAGUCAGGACAAAUCUAGGUUGGACAGCGUCUUCUAUUCUGGGGAUUAUUCCACCCUGGGCUCCAACCGAGACUCUCUCAAUCUGGAUGCAACCAGGGACCGCUCCGUGGGGGAUAGCGUUGGAGAUUUGUUUGAAGAUGAUGAUCUGAAAUAUGUGGUCGCUGAUGAUGCUUAUUUGAAAAAGAACAAGCCUGAAGAUUCCUAUGCUGAAGACAUUUAUGCACGCCAAUCAUUCCGCUAUGGGAAGAAAGCGCCAGAGCUAACAUCUCCAAAAAGCUGGAACUCUUCAGUUUCACAUGGAAGCUGGGAGCGCCAAAGUGUGGUCUAUCAGGGUCAGAUUUCCAAGUCUCCCAGCACAGGGGACAGAAACUCUGACACUGUGGACUUCCCGGAUGAUUCCAUCGCAGUUUCUCAAACUACAUGGGAGCCUCAGAGUCAGGCCUAUCAGAGCGAGGUCUAUCAGAGUCAGGUUUCUGAACCUCCCAGCACGGAGAAGAGAAACUCCAGCUCUGUAGACCAGAAGGUUGACUCCAUCAAAGUUUCCCAGAGCACCUGGGAGCCCCCGAGUGUGGUCUAUCAGGGUCAGAUUUCUCUGUCUCCCAGCUCGGAGAGCAGAAACUUUGACACAACUGACCUGAUAGAUGACUCCACCCCAACCUCUGAGCUGAAGGAAACAGUGCAAGAUUACAUGGACGCCCAGAUCACCAGCCAGUCCUUCAACGCCAUGUACAGCGCUGCCCCGCCCACGUCCAGCAGGCUCCCAGUGACCAGUGAGGCCAACCGCUUCAGCUCCUACAGUGGGAGUUCCUUCAGCACCAGCUUUGACCCCGACAACGUUCUGGUUGACCGCUCGCCUGUCUAUUCAGGCAAGCUGAAGUGGAAGAGCUUCCUGAUCAGCUUUAUGGUGGAUGCCCGUGGUGGGGCCAUGAGAGGAUGCCGCCACCCUGGUGUUCGCAUCAUCAUCCCACCCAGGAAGUGCUGCAUGCCUACCAGGAUCACCUGCCGACUGGUCAAGAAGGAGAAGCUGACCAAACAACCCCCCAUGCUGGAAGGUGAAGGUCUGGCUGCCAGAAUCCUGGAGAUGGGACCUGCUGGAACCAAAUUUCUGGGGCCUGUGCUCCUGGAAGUACCACACUUUGCCUCCCUGCGUGGCAAAGAGCGUGAGGUGGUGAUCCUGCGCAGUGACAAUGGAGAGACCUGGUACGAGCACCCAAUGCAGGCCACUGAGGAUGCUGUGGCUGAAGCUCUGGGUAGCAGCGCAGAAGGUGGGCUGCAUGGCAGUCAGUCAUCUGUGGCCAGUGUUUGGAAGCUUGACAGUGAAGAAGAAAUGGCCAACAAACGCAUCAAGAGGAUCCUGACCUCCGACCUGCCCAUGUAUUUUGCCCUGGUGUCCAGAGUGACCCGGGUCAAGCAGGAGAGCACAGUGAUUGGUACAGAGGGGGGCGUGCUCAGCUCUAAUGUUGUACCCCAGGUGCAGGCCGUCUUCCCUGAGGGGACACUCAGGAGACCCAUACCUGUUGGCUUACAGGCCCAGCCAAUAGCACCUGAGCUGGUUGCCAAGCUGUUAGGCAACCGUGUGGCAGUGAGCCCCAUAGUGACCAUUGAGCCACGCAGACGUCAGUUCCACAAGCCCAUCACCCUGACCAUCCCAGUCCCAAGGGCAGCCCAGAAGGGGAUGAUCAACCAGUAUGGAGGAGAACGUCCAACCCUGCGUCUGCUCUUCAGCCUUGCAGGCAACAAUUCACAUGGGCGAGCCGACCCCAACCCUGCUGUGUGGGAGGAUGUCACUGACAGCAAACCUAUGACACUUGUGGAUGACUGCGUUUCAUUUACCACCAAGGUUUCUGCUAGGUUCUGGUUGAUUGACUGCCAGAAUGUUGCAGAGGCCGCCCAGAUGGCCUCAGUCCUGUAUCAGGAAGCUGUGACUGUUCCUUACAUGGCCAAGUUUGUGGUGUUCGCCAAGCGUGACUCCCCAGAGGAAGGCAAGCUGAGGAUCUUCUGUAUGACUGAUGACAAAGAUGAGAAAACCUUGGAGAAACAGGAGAAGUUUUAUGAGGUGGCCAGAAGCAGAGACAUUGAGGUACUGGAAGGACGGCCACAGUUUGUGGAGAUGGCAGGAAACCUGAUACCAGUGACCAAAUCAGGUGACCAGCUCCAUGUCAACUUUCGAGCUUUUAGAGAAAACCGGCUGCCAUGUACAGUUAAGAUCAGAGACCAGGACCAAGAACCGAGUGCUCGUGUAGCCUUCAUGAAAGAACCGAAGGUAGCGCGAGGAGAGGCUCCACAAAUUCCAAUCUGCAAUCUCAACAUCAGACUCCCAGACAUGGUGCUGUCUGAUUCAGGAGAAUUAGAUCCUGACAAGUCAGCAGAAAUAAGAAAACGUCAUGACUUUUUGCGUGGCCAAGGAUUAGUUAUCCAGGACUCAGUGAACCGUGCUGAAAUGAAACUUUCGGACAUAGCAGACACGGUGCAGGGAGACUGGGUGAUGCUAGCCCAGCAGCUUCACAUUUCUAUUUCGGACAUCAACCAUUUUAAGAAUGAUUACAAGACAGUAGGAGACCAGGCCUUAGCCAUGCUUCAUUUUUGGGUACAGAAGAAUGGAGAAAAGGCAACAGGGAAUGAGUUAGAGAAUGCACUUCGCAGAAUCAACAGAGAUGAUGUGGUGAGGAAGAAUAUGUACAACGUGGAGAGGGUAGAUGAUGAGGUAGAGGCAGCUGCUGCCAGAGCUAUCAUGGAUCAGUCAGGUUUCGACACCUUCAAGGAGGAAGUGGGCAUCAAAGACUCCUUGAAGCGUGGAAUGUCACUGGAUGUCCAGUAUGAUGAGCAGGAUAUGAUGAAGAAUCUUGAUGAGAUUAAGGAAUCUGAAUCAGCAGAAGAGAGUCCCACUGGUGACAAAGUGCACCCACCUGACGUAGGCAAGAAACACACCCCCGCCCCCACAAUAGCAGUGACCUCACCGCGGCCAGACUCUGUGUAUGACGAGCCCAUUGAGGCAUCAGUAGAUGAGCGUAGACCCCCCGUGGAGCAAGUGAGACCUGCUGUAGCCCAUGAAGAGGACCCUGAGGGCAGGAGAGAGGCCUACCUAGAGCUGGCCCUACAGAUGAACCAGUACGCAGAGAUGCAGGAGGCUCAGUUCUCUCGCCAAGAUUCUGAACAGUCAGCUGAGUCUAUAAGAGAGGAGGAGAUAGUGAGAUCCACCAAAACUAGCCCCACUGAUGCCUUUCCCUCUCUGAGAGCUGGCUUUGAGCAGCAACAUGAAGCCCCAGCACACAAAGCCCACGUAACAUUUUCAGAAGAGCCAAAGGAAAGUUACGAUGGGGAAGAAGAAGUCCUCACCCCUCCCCCAAGUCCUACAGACAAGCUUGACUCAGAGGAGAAAUCGGAGGAGGAUCAACCCCAGGAAGUGACAGAGAUCGUGGAAACCUACAGAGUUUCUGAAGAUGGUCAGACAUGGAAAACCAUUAAAAAAACCACCAUAAUAACUGCCCAUGGCACAACAGAAAAAGUCGAAGUCCUGAAAGAAGAACCCGUGCUUGCAGCGGAGAACAGUAUUGCGGAGGCAGCAACAAGACUAGCACACGAGGCAGCUGAUGAAAACGAUUCCGAAAGCAAAGGUUAUGUGUACGCCAGAGCAGAGCAGGAGGUCAUGUACUCCAGGGCAGAGCAGGAGGUCAUGUACUCCAGGGCAGAGCAGGAGGUCAUGUACUCCAGGGCGGAGUUCACGGAGCAGACGUCCACUCUACACCAGGACACCAGGCUGGUCGUCUCGCAGACAUCCAGCGACAUGGUGAGUCCUGUGUCUGAAGAUGGGAUGUACUACCACGAGGAGCCAUCGCCAGUCCCAGAGCCAACACUGCCGGAAGAUUUCAGAGCUGAUGAGAUGGCGUAUGAGAAGAUGGAUGAUGACGACCAAGAGCUGUCUUAUGAGAAAGUCAGUUUUGAGGAGUACAGGGGGGAUAGUUUUGAGGACAAACCUACGGUGGACAUAUCUUCUGAAGGGGACGUGUAUGCCACUCCGGAACAAUCUUUUGAUAACAGCGGCAAGAGAUCUGGUAGAGUCAGUGACUCUCAGAGGGAAGAGGAGUUGAGAUAUGAGGAAGAAAUCAACAUCAAGGACACAUCAAAUUAUAGUGAAGAGGUUGAACAACAGGAGUAUCUUGGUGAGCAACAGCAGGAGUAUGUUGAUGAGCAACAGCAGGAAUAUUUUGAUGAACAACAGCAGGAAUAUCUUGAUGAACAAAAAGAAGACUUUGAUGAACAACAAAUCCAGUAUGGAGUUGAAAGCACUGGUCUGGAUGAAUUAGAUUCUGCUGUAGAUUCUGCAGCUGGCCUUAGCGGCACAUUAGAUGUGAAGGCCACUGGUAAGCUUGAAGCCCCGACUUAUGACUCAGCAUUCUUUUCAGGCAGUGGGCCUGAGAUUGGCUCCUCUGUCCUAGUUGAGCGACCAGGCACGCUCAGUACCGAGCUUAACGCCUCGCUGGGAGAUGAAGAGUUUGUGGACAGGUUCGAGGAAGAGCUGGAACAGCCACAGAGGCAGACCCUGUCUCGCCAGCAGACACCAGAGCAAGCCUUCAGCUUCCAAGUUCCCAUCCUGCCCAGUGGGUUCAGCAGUGCCGCUGAGAGAAGCCUUGAAGCCAGCGCCGGAGCUGUUGGUUCUAAUCUUGAAGAUAAACCUCAGCAUAAACAUAGAUUUGGUGAGGAUGGACAGAAGGAAGAAGAGGAGGAGGAAGUGAGGGAACAGCUAGCUUCAGCUCAGAGAGUUGCUCAACAAGCUGCUCACAUCUUUACAGCAGAUGUUGUUGAAGAAAGUUCUGAGCAUGCAGCUGUUGUGGAGGAAACUCUGGCCCUGGAACAAGUUGAUGUGCAGCAAGCUGAAGUUGUUGGGGCAGAGGAGUUCUCAAGGGUCUCCCCUGUGUUGGAUGUCAGGACAAUGGUGGCCCCUGUUGCGGAGGGUCACCUGGAGGUUCAUGAUGAAGUGGCUGUGGAUGUGGCUGAAGUGGUGACCAAGGUGGACGAGUACAUGCAGGAGGUGCUUGAGAGGGAGGAGAGGGUUGAAGAGCUGGAGCCUGUUGAUGAUGUGACUGCUGUGGAGAAGAUCCUGCCACUGGAAGUGGCUCACACAGAGGAGAUUGAGGUCAUGGAGACUGAAGAUAUCAGGCCUGUGGAACAAAUCCCAAGAGAACCUUCUGAACAAAUCCCAACAAAACCUUCUGAACAAAUCCCAACAAAACCUUCUGAACAAAUCCCAACAAAACCUUCUGAACAAAUCCCAACAAAACCUUCUGAACAAAUCCCAACAAAACCUUCUGAACAAAUCCCAACAAAACCUUCAUCACUAGAGUACCCUGAUGAUGCUCAGGCUGCCUAUGAAGAUGAUGAAAAAACUCCAACUGUUGAAAAAAUGGAGGCAGAAUCUCCAAUAACAGACAUCAAAUAUGCUACCUUGGUUGACCCUUUAACUAAAGAACUGGUCAGGGACCGUAUUGAAACUAUUGAAAGAGUUGUUGCUAAAAUGGAGCAGAAAUAUGAACUAACAUCUGAAAGCCAUGUUCACUCCAGCAGAGAAGAAUACUCUGAACAAAAGAUGGAAAUCUCACAUGAACAAGACAUGUUGAGAGAGGAGUUCCGGAGUGAGAUCACAGAAGACGCCAGUGAAACGACUCAAGACUUCUCAGAAAUCAAAAGUGAGAUGGUUGAGUCUCUGGAGAGUCAGCAUGACUUUGAGCUGUACCCAGACAACACACUUAAACCAGAGCUGGACGUCCACACCACACUGGGAGAAACUCUGUCAGAAUGUACUGAAGGUCUGUUGCAGGACAGUGAAAAAACUCCAGCUUUGAAGGAGUCUGAAGAUGACAAAUGGGAUGAGAAGUCUGAUUCUGAAGAGUAUUUAGACUCUGUGGAAACUCCUGAUGUGGAAGAAAGCAAAGAAGAUGAUUUUGUUGCAGCGCAAGAGUACCAGGAGCAGGUAGAAGAGCAUUACGCUUUUUCAGAAGAAAAAUUUACUGCCCAGCAUACCUUUACAGAAAUAGUUGAAUCUGCUCACAUUAUUAGCACAGAAAUUGAAGGAGAGAGUUAUGAUGAAUCUUUUGUACUCAGUGCAGAAGAUGUAGACAACAAAGAAAAUAUUGAGCCUGAACUUGUGGUUGAUUUAGACGAAAGGAGGGAGGAUGACUUUAUGAGCGAAGAGGAUGCAGAUGUUUCAGAGAAAAAGAUAGAUGAAGAGGUAGUGAGUGUGGCAGCAACAGCAGGCAGUGAUGUGAGCGAGGUGGAGGAAAGAGAGAAGUAUGAAGCAACCCAGUACACGGAACAUGAAACACAUUUCUUACAGCAGACGUCACAGUUCACUGUUGAGGAAACUAUGACCUCUGUUCAGAUCACCAAAACACAGCAUGAGGCAACAGAUCUACCUGAAGAGGACUAUGAAGUAGAAGGCAGCAGUGUGUCUGAAGAAGUUGUCAUGAAGCAAGAAGUGCUUGGUGCGACGGCUGCUAUUGUCAGUCUGCCUGAUGAAGAGGAGCAAGAAAUUCAAGAAGAUGAGACCAUUAGUGCUACCAAGUCUCAUGGACUCCAUGCUAAAGUACACACAACUCAAACUUUGGGUGAGGACCAUCAGGCUGAGCAGGAUCUUGUUGAGGAAGCUGAGCAGGAUUUUGUACAUGAUCUUGAGGAAGUUGAACAUUAUGUUAAGGAUGCUCAGCAUGAAAUCAAGGAAGCUGCACAUGAUGUUGAAGAGGCUGAACAUGAGAAAGCUGAACAUGAACUUGAGGAAGCUGAAGAUGAACUUGAGGAGGCUGAACAUGAGAAAUCGGAACAUGAACUUGAGGAAGCUGAACAUGAUCUUGAGAAAGCUCAAUAUGAACUUGAGGAAACUGAACAUGAACUUGAGGAAGCUGAAGAUAAACAUGAGGAAGCUGAACUUGAGGAAGCUGAACGUGAUCAUGAGAAGACUGAACAUGAGGAAGCUGAACAUGAGGAAGAUCUACAUAGUCUUGAAGAAGCCCAACAUGAUGUUGAUGACAUAGACUCUGUGGGUAUGUUAUUGAAAAAAACAAAAGAUGAAGUACACAUCUCCACUCUACCAGACGAAGAGGAAGAUGAGGAAAUAAAAGAAAUAGUAAAAGAUGAAGUGAAGUAUGAAGACCUGGUUGAUGGGUCAGACACCCAGCUGGGGGCCAUGAGAGAAGAGGACCCAGAUGCUGUGGAAGAGGAGUUGACUGAGUUUGAAGAAACUGAAAGAGCUAUACAGAAAGAAAUGGAAAAAGCUCAACAACAGCAUUAUUCAAACAACCCUGAAAUAACAUACACAGAGGCAGAGGAUAUUCCCUGUGAUCAUAGUGAUGAAGAGGCACCUAAGGAACCAGCAGAAACUGACAAGAAUUUGGAAGAAUCAACAGACAAGGAGUGGGAGCUGCUGGACAGGGAUGAGAUGACAUUAGAUGAGAUCACUGAGACCGCGCUGCUGCUGUCUCAUGAGCAGGGCACAGUCAGGCAGGUGCUGGAGGAGCCUCAAGAGGGACAGGUGGAUAAGGUCAUCAGUGGAGGGACUUUUGAAGAGGAAGCUGAAUAUGUACAGCCAGAAGUAGAAGAGGAACAAAGGGAAUAUGAAGAGAAAGAUACUGAAGUGGGAGAAAGGGAAUAUGAAGAGAAAGAUAUUGAAGUAGGAGAAAGGGAAUAUGAAGAGAAAGAUAUUGAAGUAGGAGAAAGGGAAUAUGAAGAGAAAGAUACUGAAUUGGAAGAGAGAGAAUACGAAGAGAAAGAUACUGAAGUGGAAGAGAGAGAAUACGAAGAGAAAGAUACUGAAGUGGAAGAAAGAGAAUACGAAGAGAAAGAUACUGAAUUGGAAGAGAGAGAGUAUGAAGAGAAAGAUACUGAAGUGGAAGAGAGAGAAUACGAUGAGAAACUUGUAGAAGAUGAACAAAGGCAAGCCGAAGAGAAAGAGAUUGAAGAGCAAGACAAGGAAUAUGAAGAGGAAUAUAGAAAAGAGAAAGAUCUUGAGCAUGUCGAAAGGGAAUAUGAAGAGGAAGACAUUGUUGAAAAAGAGCAAAGAGAAUACGAAGAGGAAGAUAUUGUUGAAAAAGAGCAAAGAGAAUGCGAAGAGGAAGAUAUUGUUGAAAAAGAGCAAAGAGAAUAUGAAGAGGAUAUUGUUGAAAAAGAGCAAAGUGAAUAUGAAGAAAAAGAAAUAGAACAUCAGAGGGUUAUUGAGAAAAAAGAAUAUGAAGAAACACAAGUUAAACAUGAAGAAAAGUCAUCUGUUUUCUCUGAGGUGAAAUAUGAGGAAGAGUAUGUUGAAGAGAAGUAUGAUGAAGUGAAAGAGGACUACCAACAAAAGGAAGAAUCAGAGGUGUCUGCCAGCGGGUACCAAAUGUUUGAUAUGGAGGUAGUGCGUGUGGCAGAUGAAGAUGCUGGGUUCAUGACUGGUAAAGUUGAUGAUGGUAUCGUUGAGCAGGCAAAGGAUGAAAUGGAGGGAACUGCUGUGGAGGUGGAAGUCAGGCGUUUCUCUGAGUCUGAGCAAUUGGAAUACACCAGUUUACAGACAGAGACACACAUUGAAACUGUAUGCAUUGUUGAAACCAAAGUACAAGAUGUGACUUCAGAUGAUUUGUUUGAUAAACCUCAGGACACAGAUGUGAAAACCCCUUCAGAGAAGAAUUUAGAUAUACAUUUCACCACUGGGGAGGAAUCUGAAUCUAUUUCAGAAAAAGCCAUAGGAUCUUCCCCUGAAGAAGAUUUAGACAAUGAUGUGGAGAAAGACCUGAAUGAGCUAGACCAGGAACUGGGUGAGCAGGACCAGCUUACUGCUGCUCUGAUGUCACAAUCCUACAGGUCAGUGGAGGAGGAUGAGGGGGAGGGGGAGGAAGCUGAGGAUGUGGAGUCAGACCUGAAAGAUGAGACACUCAAGGUGAUUGUCACUGAAGCCUCACUGGAACAGAUCACUGAAAGAUCAGAAAGUGACCUGACAAAGAGCCAGGAAAUGACAGAUUCAAUGACAGAAGACAAGCAAGAUGAGCUUGACCAUUUCAAGGAGAGAGAAGAAGGAGACCUGAUGAUGCUUGAUGUCCAGGAAAUGGACAGCAAAGAGACCCCAUCAACAGAGGAAGGGGAGUACUCCAUGACAACCACCCCUUCUCUAAAGGAGGUAAGAGAGGAAGACUAUGAGGAAAAAUCUGCUGAACAGGAAGAAGAGUUUGAAGAUUUGGAGAAAGCUUUUGAAAAGUAUGAGAAUGAACCGGAAGUUGUAAUUCCCAUAGAUGCAAAGGUUGGGGAAGAAAAUGUUGAGGUAUAUGUGGAAGAUUUGGAGAAAGCUUUUGAAAAAUAUGAGAAUGAGCUGGAAGUUGUGAUUCCCAUAGAUGCAAAGGUUGGGGAAGAAAAUGUUGAGGUAUAUGUGGAAGAUAUAGACAAAGCUUUUAAAGUCUAUCAGGAAACCACAGUAUUAUCUCCUGAACAGGAGGAAGAAAAGAAAAGAGAAGAUGAUAAAGUUGAUGGUGCUGAUCUUGUGGAUGCUGUAGUUGAUGGUGCUGAUCUUGUGGCUGCUGUAGAUGAUGGUGCUGAUGUUGUGGAUGCUGUAGAUGAUGAGGUUGUUGAGUCUGGUGUUGAGAGGGACCAGGAAUCAGCUGAGUACAGCUCAGGUGCUCUCCAACAAGUGGAGGAAUAUGAAGUUGAGCUGAGUAAAGCUAUAGUACAGGAGGCUUUACAUACAAGUGUGGAGACAUCCAGGAGGUCUGGAGAUGAGGCAGAAGACAGCAUUACACAUGAGACCACUCACAAAGAUGAACUGGAAUCUGCAGGAGAACACCUAGUACACGCUGCCACAUCAGGCUUUAUGGAAGAACUGCAAGAACUAGAGGACCAACAAGGUCAAGGUGAGGUCAUGUCUGAAGAUGACAUGGGUGAUGAUCAAUAUGAAGACGAACAUGAUGAGAACAUGUUUGAAGAGAAACCAAGAGAAGAUUCCACGGCUCAGAUGGAGGAGAGUGUUGAAUCAACUUCUGAUGUCAUGGAAACAUCUAUAGACAGAGUUGAAACUAUCAUAGAGAAUGAAGUUACCACAGUUGAAGCUUCAAAGAGAGUUGAUUUGACAGAGAGCAUGACUGAGCAAGACACGGAAGAGGCUCAUGAAUUGAUGGUAUCAGUUGAUAGAGUAGAAGCAUUUACUGUGGAGGAAAGAAGUGAGCACCCUUUUGAAUCCAGAGACAAAGAGUUGAACACAAAGAAAGAUGAACAGCUUGAAUCCAAGGAAGACUUUGAAUUGGACAAAGAUGAACAUAUUGAAUCCAAGGAAGACUUUGAAUUGGACAAAGAUGUGCAGAUAGAAAAAAGAAGCGAGGUGGUUGUUGAAGAGAGAUGCCACAUCACCUCCAGCAGGGCCGUGGUUGUGGAGUUUACCAAAGAAGUGGUUGAAACUGAGGAGGAAGGUGCUGAGCUUCAGGAAACAUUCACAGAGAGGACAGAGAGGUUCAUUGAGAUUCUCCCAGAGGCCAUAGACUCUGGUGACAAAGACAAAGAAAAACGUGUGGUGUUUAAAACAUCACAGUUUGAAGAGGACGAGGGUGUAGAACCUCGUGUAGAGAAUGACUUCUCACCCAGCCAGCAGCAUGCUAGAGGGGAGGAUGGUCAGGGUCCAGUUGAUGAUACCCAACGUCCAGCUGAUGAUACCCAACGUCCAGCUGAUGAUGGUCCAGGUGAUGACCUGCAGAUGGGCUUAAAGAUUCCAAGAUCUCCAUUUUAUGCAACUUCUUCCACAGAAGUUCAAGAUAGGUCAGGCUCACCCAGUGAUUUAGAGGAAGAAAUAACUGAAAUGGAGAAUAAGUUAACCCAGAUGAAACAGAUGGCUGGCUUUGAUGAAGAAAGUGCUGAGGAAGAGUACCUGAGCCCUGAGGCAGCCUCCCCUCAACAAGGUAAAUCAGCUCAAGGGAGUCAGGAGAAGCAAACAUUUAUGGCCUCUAGUAUCUCCGGCUCAGAAUUCACAUCCCAGAGUGACACCGAGUAUGCCCAUAGUGAGACCACAGGCACUGGCUCAUACUACACAGCCCAGAGUGAGAUCAUGAGCAGCUCAGGGUGCUCAGCUCCCAGUGAUGUCAUGAGCAGCUCCGGCUUCACCGCCCCGAGUGAAACCAUGACCGGCUCGGAGUACACAAUGACAGGAUCGGAGUACGAAGAAGAGGAGGAGGAGGAAUAUGAAUCAGAGGGAAGGGUCUCGGCUGACAUUUCCCAGCAAAUUUUCAUAGAGCAUAAAGUAUCUGGUAGACAUCCAGCAGAUGAUUCCUCCAGUGAUGAGGAGCAGGAUGGGGGCAGGAGUGUGCUGGACAGGCCCCCAUCCCCCUCAGAGUUCACUCUGAUUGCCUCACAAGACCAGUCCAAGCUAAACAUCUCUUUAGGACUGAGCUCAGGAACCAAAGGGCUGGCCACUACCUCAGUGAUGGAGACCUCUGACCAUCUGGAGCAGGACACACUGCAUGUCCUGAGAGACACGGACAUUGAGAAGGACAGCCUUCAGGGAGAUGAGGAUGGGGAUGGUGACUACGAUGAAGAGGAGGGUGAUGAGGAAGAGGAGGAUGCAGAAAGGAAUAUCAUAGUGUCUGGGGUAGAUGACAGGCCGCCAUCACCUUCAGAGUUUACUCUAAUAGCAUCCCAGGACCAAGAAAGUUUAAACAGAAUUCUGGGCCUGAGUGACUUGCAGUCUCCAGAACCUGAAGAAGGCUCCCCCAUGCAGUGGGAACAAGACCUGGAGAAGGCCAUCAGUGAUGCUGAUGCCCAGUCCACAGCCUCCAGUGAUGCUGCUCUAAUGAUCGGACUGGACAGAGUGUCCGCUGCUGGCACAGACAACAACACAAUGUCUGGCAUCAGCUCUGAGAGUGGUCAGCAGCAGGACGGCAGCUCUGACCAGCUGUAUGCUGAAACUCCAGAUGAUGAUGAAGAUGACCGACACAACCUGUACCACGCCUACAUGAAGGAGGUGGACGAUGAUAAACUGGAUGAGUCAGGGCUGGAGGAUUACAAUCAGACCCACGAAGAGGACACGUUUGACACCGUCAUAGACUCCCAGAGGACACUGCAGGAGAAAGAUGAAUCUAAAGACACUUUGUUCUCUGAGGCUGAGUACAGCUCUCCUCAAGCUCAUUUCGAUGAGAUUUUAAAAGUUGAGGAGUUACACGAGAGAUCAACUCAGGGAUUUGAGGAGAGCUCAAAAAUGUUGAUGCGUGAGGUGAGUGCUAGUCAGGAACACGAGUAUCAAAGUGAGCGCAUGGAGUCUCACAUGCAUAAGCAAUCAGCUUUCAGUGAGAAGCACCUCAUGCAGGAAACUACAGAUGCACAAAAAACAUUGAUUGAGUCCUCUACUGAAUCGUUCCAGGACAGCUCCUACACUGAAAGAGCCUCCCACUUCCAGAACUUUGAAGAGAAUUUUAAAAUGAGUUCUGAGGAGCACCAAGAGUCCUCCUACACGGAGGAAAAGUUUCACCUGACCUCCUCACAGGAGAGGUAUGAUUUCUCCUCUGAAAACAAAGCAGAGAGCUACAAAUACUCUGAAAACUCUGAGCUAGAAGUUAGCUGGUCCGCCACUCAUGAAGAAUCGGAUCAGCCUCGCGACACCCUCGCCACCCACCCCAUGGAAGAUGAUGAUGAAGAGGAAUGUCGCAAUGUGGCCGCGGCCAUGGCCAUCCUUAACGUGGACAAGAUGAGCUCGUCUAGCUCUGAGGUGGCCCAGCUGGAUGACUUUGAUGAUCAAGAUGUUGAGAUCCGUGAAGUGAGCGAAGAAACGUCUGAGGAAACUGAUGUGGAGGACCAGUUCUCACCUGUCCCACCACACACAGAUAAGCCAAGUUUUUCUUUUGAGCAGGAGCGCUCUGUCCCUGACAUUACAACAGCUGAAGCCACUGGCCCUGGGUUUCUAGAGGAGAAGACACCCUCACUUGAACACGAUGAGGGGGAGAUGGAGGAGAUUGAUGACACGGAGUUGGAGCCUGAGCUGUGUGGACUGGAGCCAACAGAUGAGCAAGAGGAAGAUGGCAUCACACAGGAGGAGAAGGAUGAGGAGUACAGCUUUCAGGAGGCUCACAAGGACAGUGAAGCUUACGAGCUGGGAGAAGUCACUGACACCAUGGAGUCUCGCGACAGUGAUGCUGAGGAGAGGAGGAGAAGGGAACUACUUCGACAAGAGACUAGAGAUAUUUCACCGGAGGAUCUUGAGGAGAAACCUCUCACAUUUGACUUCCCGGAUGAUUACAGACAAGAUAUUUCUGAUUACAAACAGGAGUUAGCUUUUCAGAUGCAUUAUGCAGAUUCAUAUGCUGUGUCAGCGUUAGAUUCUGGAGAUGAAGAUGUCACAGGUGUUGAUAACAGGGGGUUUGAAUAUGAACCAACAGAUGAUAUUGGCCCUUCUGGGAUGAGAGAGAAACAAAGUUUGAUGGACUUGUCACCUCAGGAUGAUGCUGCAGAUGAGCCUGGUGAAGCUACUGGAGGAGAACUGCCUGCUGCCUCUGAGGAUGAAGCUGAUGAAACAUCGUCCAAAAGCUCCUCAGAUAGUGGAGGUGUGGAGGUGUUUGAUGAGCAAACUGGUACUUACACCAAACUCCCGUGGGAAAUAGCUCACCAGUAUAAGAGACAAUUUUCUGAGUCAUUUGUUGAAGAGCAGAAGUCCACGGUCAAGGCUCAGAAGUCUAUAGACAUGGGGACUUUUUACAGGCGGGAUAAAACUAAAGAUGAGGAGUUUCUAGAGAAGAGUUUCUAUGAUGAGACAGAGCCUACAGAAACUGUAUCAGUGUCUAAAAGAAAAGUGACCUUUGAACUGGAACAUAAAGAGUCUGAAAUGGCAUCUUCUCAGGAAGAAGAAAGAGAGCAGUAUAGUGAAGAAGUCUUGUGUGAGCCAUAUGAGCACAUAGAUGUUGCACAUGAGGCUGAUGUCAUUAGCACCAUUAUGGAGAGCAGGCAGAAAGUCAAGCAUGAAAUAGCCAAGCAGGUAUAUGAUCCAGAGUUUCCUGAGACUCCUAAGCAGGACAGUGAGUUUGAUAUGAUCUCAAGACCCUAUCAUGACCAGCCUGUUUUUGAUGAAAGUGAGGAAGAUGCAAUCUUCACAUAUGGCAGGGCUCACUUUAGUGAGCAGAGGUCAGAAAAAAUGAGUGUAGUUAGCAAGGAAUCCAGGAUGGCCCAACAAGAGCUCCUGCUUCAAGAAUCUUUUGAUGAGGAAGAUCGCUCACUGUCCCCAUCCAGAGAGAAAGGUACGAAAAAGUUGAGCACCACAUAUGAAGAGGCUAGAAGCUCCAUCCCACCAGCACACCCUACACAUUUCCCCAUGGCUGUACACAGUCUUGGCAAAUCUCUUGCAGACAACGAGAUCUAUGAAUCUUCAGAAACAGAACGGGACUCAACAGAAGAGAAGUUGUCCCCAAUAGAGGAGACACCAGGGAUUGAUGAAAUAGAAGAAGAUGACACCACUCUCAAGGCAACACCUCCCCUUGAAAAACGAGUCACUUUUCAAACUGACCGUCUAACCACACGAGCUUCUGAACAGUCUGUUGAUGACUUCAAAGCUUCCUCUUCAUCUUCGGAAUUAUCUGUAGAACCAACACUUCUGGCAGCGUCUUAUGAUUUAGAAAGUGGGAGUGUAUGUCACAUUGUUACAGCCUAUGAUAUUUCACCUGACACAGUUGAGAAGCAGGGUCCCAUUGAGAUAGCAGGCAAGUCUAUUCUCUCCAGUCCUGAGGAUGAUGUGUUUGAGACAGAUACAACCACUAGAAGUUUAGACUCAAUGCAUCAGGAUGGCCAUGCCAUACUGCGUGGUCAUUUGUUAUCAGGUGCAGAUGUGUGUCCGUCUCCACCAUUACCCAUAGCUCCUGUCUCCACCCCCAGAGGUGGAAGCAGUAGAGUUGACCUAAGCAGCAGCCUCAUGAGUGCAAGCUCAAAGCUGGAGAUGCUGAGACACUCAGAGAGGUUGGAUUCAAAAGAUGGUGAGGAUACAACACUACAAGAGGAUGACAUGAGUUCACCUCAUGAUGAUGAAGCUGUACUCAGUGAAAUCAAGUCAGAGGAGGCUUCACCUGAGGCUGAAGGUAAUGUUGAUAUAAGGCUUAUGGGAAUGGCUUCUUCAGACCAAGAAAAUGGCCAUGUUGAGGAAUUAGUUCAGGGUAUGGAAGAUCAUGGUGACAGUUCACAUGUCAUAACAGAGCAAGUAAGUGCAUCACAUGUUUUAAAUGGACCAACUGAAGUUGAUUACAUUGCAGAGUAUGAUGGAGGAGAUGAGGAAACAUUUGAUUUUCAUGCUCAGUCUGGUGAGCCAGCUCAGGAAGUCAGGUCUCCAGUUUCACCUGACGCUCAGCAAGAUUUUUUUGAGGCUCACAUGUCAGGGUCAUACGAAGCCAAGCCUGACAUUCAACAACCAGAAGAGGAGCCAGAAGAAAUUCAUGGAGAGGAAGUAAUCCAACCCACUGUGAUGACCACCAGUCAAACCAAACCUGAGGAACCACUGAAGGAUGUCGAUUACCCUGAUCAUGAGGAACCACUGGAGGAUGUUGAUUACCCUGACCAUGAGGAGAUGGUGUACCCAUCUACUGCUAGAUAUGCUGAAGCCAAACCUGACAUCCAGCAGCCAGAAGAAGAUUCCCUCCCUGAGGUAGAAGAACCUGUCCUCCCCACGAUCAUGACAACCUCACAGGCCAAGCCAGACAUUCAACAGCCAGAAGAUAAGGAUGACCACCCUGAUGGUGAGGAAACCAUUGUGCCCACAGUCAUGACAACAAGUCAGGCCAAGCCAGAUAUCCAGCAGCCAUCAGAGGAUCAGGGCAAUGGCUGUCCUGUAGAUGAAGAACCUAUUCAGACAACGAUUUCAACCACAAGUCAGAUCAAACCUCAGGAAUAUUUUGAUACUGAAGAGGUGACCUCACCUGAGAUGUAUGAUGAUGAGAAAAUGCACGAGUCUCUGCAAACUCCAAGUCCAACAUACCAGCCAGAUCUCCAAGAGAUUCAGAAAGGUGAGGAGAAAUCAGGAGAUGAAGAAAUAGUUUACUUGGCUGAGCCUGAAGAAUCUAUCAGCCCUUACUCCAUUGAGCCAGAUGAUAGGGAUGAUUUUGAAGAAACAACAUUUGAGUUUGGUAAGGAAGAAAUAUACCAUGGCAAAAGAGCUUUAGAGGUAAAUAUUGAAACAAUGUCAUUUGGUGCCUCUGAAGAAAGAGAUGAAUCAUAUCCAGAGGGCUAUGCCAUUGGUGGGGCACAACCACUUGUACAUGAGGGGCCGGAAGUUGAAGAAGAGUUAGAGAUUGAGGAGGAGGAGGAGUUUGAAGAGCGCCCAGAGGAAGAACUUAUAAGAUUAGAAGAGCCCCCGUUGGAAACAGAUGAUGACGUUGACCAGACAGUUGGCCGCUCUAGUGAUGAUCUAAAAGAAGAAGCUGCCCAGUCAUCUGGUCACUUCUCCACUGAUCUCCUCUCCAUUGGAUCCCAUUCAGAUCUGGACAGGCCUCUCUCACCCACCCCUGAUGCUCUCAGGCAAGGAUUCUUUGGGGGAAACUUCACCCCUCCUCAGAGCGGCACCUACACGCCAUCCCACUCAGAUAUGUUCACACCCCCAAUCUCUGGGACAUUCACCCCACCACAGACAAGCCAGGAAAUAUCUGCUGAGGAUUCUGGUGUCAUUGAAAAGGCUGCCACAAGCUUUGUAGACUCCAUUCUUGAAGAUGUCAAGGUCUCAGUUUCUUCUCAAGAAACUUCACCAGAAGAAAAUAAAGAUCAUCUAGAAGAAAUGUCUAAACAUGCAGAUGAUGACACCCAGUUUGAAAUUACCUUUGAAGAUGAAGAUUAUCCACCACAGUCUGAUGCCUUCUCAGAGUCUGCCCAGAAGCGAGGGGUGACUCUAGUGAAACAGAUAUCUGAAGACAUCCCAGGCAUCAUUCUAACGCAACAUCUGCACCAAGAGAUGAAUGAAGAUGAAUAUUAUGGGUACUCCCCACAGCCUGAGAGCAUUUCUGAAGAUGAUGAGAAUCAGUAUGUGGAGCGAGAAAGAGAAGAAACUGAAAAAGUUGCAACAGAUGAACAGUUUGUUGACCAAAGCUAUGAGACAUCAACAGAUGAGCUGAUUCAUCAUGGUGCCCAAUUUGUGGUUGAAGGUGAUCCUUUGGUCAUCAAACAAAGUGGUGAGCUCAUACAGUUUGUUGACCAACAGUGGGAAGAGAAGCAAGACGAGGAAGAAGAUGAACAAUUAGAAGAAGAGGAAAGUGAACAUGAAGAAUUAGAGGAAGAGGAAGUUGAUAAACAUCAACAGUUAGAAGAAGAGGAGGGGGAUGAACAUGAUCAGUUAGAAGAAGAGGAGGGGGAUGAACAUGAACUGUUAGAAGAAGAGGAAGUUGAUGAACGUGAUCAGUUAGAAGAAGAGGAGGGGGAUGAACAUGAUCAGUUAGAAGAAGAGGAAGUUGAUGAACAUGAACAGUUAGAGGAAGAGGAAGUUGAUGAACAUGAACAUUUAGAAGAAGAGGAGGGUAGUGAACAUGAACAAUUGGAAGAGGAAGGUGAUGAAGAACAAGAAGGCUAUAAACAUGAACAAUUAGAAGAACAAGGAAGUGAACAAGGAAGUGAACAAGGAAGUGAACAAGGAAGUGAACAAGGAAGUGAACAAGGAAGUGAACAAGAAGAUCAGACGGAUAACCAUGACCAGCAGGUAGAUGAACAGGAAGAAUAUUCACAUGAACAAAGUGAUGAGGACAAAUCUGAACAAGAUCACUUUUCAGACAAUGAAAAAGUGGAUGAUGAGGAAGAUUAUGAGCUCUCAUCAAAGAAGGAAGAUAGUUAUGGUGAAGAUGGUGCUCAAAUGCUAACUGAUAAAGAAGAUUUUAUAACAGAAAGUGAUCAAAAACAAGAAAACUAUGAAUCCUCCAUUUACUCUGUUGAAAUUGAAGAACAUAUUUCAGUCAAAGGUCUUAAGGAAACCUCCAAAACAGAAAUGGAUCAUCAGCAAAGUUUUUCUAGUGAGUCAGCAUCUAGUUUGGUGUUCACAGAGACCGUGCACACAAGUCAUGUGGAUGACCAUCAGUUCUAUGUGGAUGUGGAGUCUGGAUCCACCCAGCUGGAGGAACUGUUUGAAGGAUUUGAUCCCUACAUGAGCCAGGAGGAUCACGGCGACAAUUCCAGUGUGGACAGCUUUGCCACUGUGGUUGCUGCUGAGGCAGAUAACUAUGAAGAGGAAGAACCUGAUGAAAACCGACUUGCCGAAAUAGCGUCCAUGACAUCAUCUUUUACAUCGGACAUCCAGAUGUCUCAUCAGGAAGACAGACAAAGAGAAGUUGGAGAGGAUCUGGAUGAUACAGAAGACGAUGAUGUAUCUAUGGAGAGAUCUCAGGAAUGGACAGCUGGGAACUCUGAAGAAAAAGACAGAGAAAGUGAUGCAUCUGUUGACAGUGACAGGUUUGAGUUUGUCGACCGUGCUGCACUCUCUAUCAUCACAGAAAUGUCUGAUGAGGAUAAAUUUGAAAUGAUUGAAAGAGAGGACCUGGAGUCUGAGGCAGGUUUAUCAGAUCACUUUGGGAGUUCUCCAGACAACAACAUCCAACAGUCACCUGGAAUUUCAAAUUUCCGUUUCUUUGGCAGAGGAGCAGAGAGAGAUGAAUCAGCUUCCAUUUCCUCAUCUCUUGCAGAGUUUGAGCAAAUGGAAAAGGCAAUACCAUUUUCAAGCUCUUUGAGCUCUAUUGAAAGAGGAGACCUAGAGAAAGACAUUAUUGGCGGCUCAUUUGAUGAGAGGAAAUUUGUUGGCUUUUCCAAGUUGCGUGGAGGGGAAGAGUCCACUUCCAUAGCAUCUUCCCUGGCUGAGUUUGAACACCUCGAGCAGGUCCUUGUGGUCUCCAGCUCGGCCAGCUCUGUAGAGAAACACACGCCUGAAAGUAAAAGCUCAGGAGGAUCUGGUGACAACACAUCCAAUUCUAUCUCGUCCUCACUGGCAGAUUUUGAAAAAAUGGAACAAGAGUGCCAGGGGGAUUCAGAUGAAAAGAAAAGUUCAGUGGAAAAUUCCAGCAGACAGAGUGAAGCUUCCUCCUACACAUCUCUGAAUGAAUUUGAAAGGCUUGAAAGAGAGAUAGCUGUGGCCACUGAACUUGAGGUUGAAGCUCAGAAAAUUGUUUCCAUCCUAGAGUCAGGCGUGCUGAUGGGCUCUGCCCAGUUUGGGAGCUCAGAUUUCAGUGAAGUUGGUGGGGGGGAUGAAAGGGAUGAGAAAGAUUCUUUAGACGAGCUUGACCAUGAUUCUCUCAGUGAAGGUGCCAGGCUGGGAUUAGAUGGAGAUGCUGACUCCCUGGAUGGUGAGAGCUCUGAGAUAACUGAGAUGGCAUCCAGUGUGGUGUUUGCUGGCCCAGACCUGGCCACUACACAGACCAUUCCCAUAGACAUUGACAAUGAUUCUCUUCAAGGGGAAGCUCUGAUGCAGUUGUCUUCAGAUUCUCUAAUGAUGGAGCAAAGAAUGAAGACUUCAGACUCUGCUAAAUUUGAUACAGACUCUCUAAAGUUUGACACAGAUUCCCUGUUUGAACAGGAUGAUAGAAUGGUUCGUUCAGCUGAUUCUCUUGAAUUGGGUGGACAAUCUAGUGGAGGACAAUCUAGUGGAGGACAAUCAAGUGAAAAACAGGAGGAGAAAAUGCCUUCAGGGGAGGACCUCAUGCAGACUUCUGCUGAUUCCCUAGAACUUGACAUCAGCAAAGAAGAGUCCAAAGAGAGUGUUGGGAAGGAUGUCCACCAGGAGGACAGUUUGAUGAUGGUCUCAGUGGAGUCUGCGGCCUGGAGCAUGGCCAGCUCUGGUGGCACCGGUCAUUCCAUGUCCGAGUCUCAUACAGACUCCAGCCAAUCUCAUGACAUCAUGCAAGUCUCCACUGAAUCUGAUAACCUGAAAUCUAGUUCCAGAACAGAAAAAACAAUGACAAGCUCCAAACAUAUUCACUCAACAGAAAGCAUUACCGAGGGAGUUCACCAGUAUCAGAAAAUGGAGCAACAACUGCAGUGGCACCAGGAGGAGACAAGCCUUCUUUACACCAGCAGUGGGGCCCAGCCCAUCCCACACAGCAAACCACUCUCAGAUAGCAAAACAAAGGCUCGACGCAAAUCUCCCACUCAGUAUUAUGAUGAUAAUGAUAGUGACAUUUUUAUGAAGAAAGAGCGUGAUGAUAGUAAAUCUAAGCCCAAAAGAGAAUCCCCUAAGCAUUAUGAGACAGAAGAGCAAGAGAAAGAGGAAAGUCCAUUUUUAUCCUGGGGGCCGUACCAGGAAACUAGAAAAGUGUACACAAUGGUGGAAUGGGAAGAAAUGAAAAGGUUGAAAAAAGAAAAACAAGAACGAGAAGCUAAAGCUUCCGCCCUCACUGCUUCCUCUCCUGACCUCUCCCAAAGCUCCCAAGAGGAUAAACUAUCCUCCUCAUCUCAAUCCCCUCCAUCUCUAAAGAUGAGCAUGGUCUCUUCCACUAUCACAUCAGCCACAACUUAUUCUAGAGGUGACAGAGCUCGCACCAGUGAUGAUGACGAUGAUGAGCACAGAAAAGGAGAAGAAGCUUACAGCUCAGGUGCUCAAGGGGAUGAAGAUGUCCAGACACACAGACUGAUGAUGAAGAAGGAAGUCCACAAGAGGACAACAGUUGGGAUAGAUGGGCAGGAAGAGACAACCAUCAAAGAAGAUUCUCAAAUCCAGCAGGACAAUGAACCCCCAGAAGAGCUGCGUGAAUCCAUGCAGGAAAUCAUCAACCAGUUCAUGCAGUCUGAUCCACAGCCAGCUGUUUUACCUAGAAGUCAAUCAAAGGAGGAUGAAGUUUAAAGCAUUCUCUUCUGUCAACUCUUUUCAUUAGGAUAUUUUUUCACUAGUUAUGGAAUUAAAACAAAGCUACAUUUUUUAAUCAUUAAACUUUAAAUAAAUUUCAACCUCAACAGCCAACAACAAUAGUCAAUAUUUAAGUGUGUUGUCUACUUCAUGUACAAAAUAUGUAUAAAUUAGGUGAAGUAAGCAUGGAAAUUACCAUUAAAAGAACAUUUGGUGAUAUUAGUUGAACCAAACAAAGAUUCUAGAUAGCAAUACUUUUUAUUAUAGGAAGUGAGCACCUGAUUGGCCAGGAGAUGCUUAAAUAACUUUCUUUUCCUCCAACACUUAUGUAAUAUUUGUAUUUCUAGAUGUCAUUUCUCUUGUUUGAAGGCAUGAUUACCUACACUUCAAAGCUGGACACUUAUCUUAGUAGUUUCCCUUUGUUUAUUACUCCCCCUGUUUCUCUGGGAUAUAUAUGUAUGAGCUAAAACACAUUGUUCAGUAUGGUUUUCUUUGACAAGUCUAAGUAUUGUACAGUGUUUCCACACCACCUUUGUCACAAAUUGUAUUUUACAUAUAAUCCUCAAAUAAUGUGCAUUUAAUUUUUUUUAUAAACCAGCUUUUCAUUACUGGCUUUCUGUGUAGUUUUGUGCGCCAAAUGUAUAAAAAUUACAAUUCUUGCUUUGAUCUGUAGCUAAUAUGAUAAUUGGAUAAAUUGUAAUUUUUUAUAUUUUUUUAGUAUACAAUCUUAAUGUUAUUGUAAUAUUUUAAGGAGAGUUUUUGGUGAUUAAAAUAUUACAUUAGAGAAUGUAUAUUUUAGUUCAUAUAGAGGUGAACAUGUAUUUCAAAUUAAGUGUAGUUUUUUUCUGCAAAUAUCAAAGUUUUUGUACCUCCAAGAUAAUGUAACAAAGAGAUGUUCUACCUGUAUUUGGAGUAUUUAAAGAAUAGAAGGAGCCAGUUGUACUAUACCAGUGUGUGUUGUGCAGUGCUGUACCAGGGGAGAUCACCAAAGAGACAUGUGUACAGUUUGUGUUUCUUCAUUGGUUGUGUGUUUAAGUCAUUUUGUUUUCUUGAUACAAUAGUUUCUUUAUUCAACACACAAUGUUGACCUAAGUGUUUCCCUUUGGACUUUUAAAUAAAUGAUGUAAUUAUUGUAGCGAACAUGCAUUCUUGUUAGUUGGUUACUAUUUCUUUUGGUCAAAUAAACUGCUUUGGUAUUAUGCCCAUCA